AUGGCAAUAUGCCUAUCAAAAAUGAACUGAUGUUGUAUACGUUUGUUAGACAGAUAACCGAAAGGUUUCCUUCUCCACUUAACAAACUGUUACGCAGUUCAUUGUGUUGACAAUAAAAAAAACGAAAAAGUACCGAGUUUCGUGGGAAAGUUUAAUACGUUUUGAGUUUUGAGUUUACAAAUUUCUUAAAAUAUACGUAAAUAUAAUUGUUUUGUGUUUCAGAACGUUUAUGACAUUGUGAACGAAUUGAAAAUGCCAAAUAGGAUAUUAUUGAAAAAAGACAAGGACAUUUCCAAGUCCAAAAAUAUUGAGGUAAAAAAUGGAUCAGGAGUAGAAAUGUCCGGAGAUGAUGUACAAGAUGGCACUUCUAUUGGACAUUCGACUACUGCUCCUAGUCCACCACCAACACAAAUAAACAAACUUAAGUUAGGACCAAUCACAAUUAAAAGAGAGAAAAGACAAAACUCUUCACGUUUCAAUGUUGUAGCUACCAAUCGCGAACUUCAAGUUCUACAAUCACUUAAUG